AAUCACCCAAAGAGCAGUGCUUUGUGUGAUAACUUAAUUUACAGUUUGCAAAUAAUCAGACGAAAUAAAAUGUCUGAAUCAGAACAGGAAUUGGUAGACGAAUCAUUAGGACAAGAUGAUUCGGUGGGUAUUUGUAAACUAUUUUACUUGCUUAAAAUAAUUCAGUAGUAAAUCAAAAUAGGCUUGCUAGCACCGGGUUUACUCUGCUUAUCAUCAGAGUUCAUAGUCAUAGUCAUAGUUCAUAGUCAUAGUCAUAGUCUUGGAAAGUAUUAAUUUUAAGUAUUUUUUAUAUUAUCUGCCCUUCUCACCGCGCUUUUUGCUUUUUUUUUUUCAAUAAGUAUUUGAAUUAAAAUUAAUUUCUUUUUCAAAUAUGACUGUUUGAUAGCUUUACCUGCGUGUUUUUCAAUUGAUUGGGUGGUAAAAAAAAAUUAUGUCCUACCACCUACAGCCUGUACAAUUAAUUAUAAAAAAAAUAAAAGUUUUAAUUUAGAGAAUAUGAAUAAGACCUUUACUUUUACUAAUUAAAAUUAGUAGACUUAUUUAAUUGGUAAAUGUUCAGUUAGCAGCAUUGGCUUUGCCAAAAGUUUUUUCCACCCAAAGCACAAUGUCACUUUUGGGAAUCCCAGGACAGGGCCAACAGUUGGACCUAAAUGACGAUAAUGUUGAUAACAUUCCCAUUCUUCACUGAGCAUUAUUUGCGCCAAAAACAUAAUCUGACGAUCGAUAGUUAAUUAUUACUAACUAUGAAAUAAAUAUAAAUGAAAUUUGCCAUUCGGUUUUUAUUAAAAUUCAACUUCCAUUGCAAGGUUGAAAAGAUAAAAAUCAUACUGGAUGAUACCCCAAGAUGAACACCUGAAAAAAGAUGUGCACAUGUUUUAAAGUGCUGUUUUUAUUGAUUGAAAAUGAAGUGCCCAUAUAUGCUUUUCAUAUCUAUAAUACUAUAAUGUCGCAAAUGACGGGACAUUUCAAAAUAGUAGAGGGGAGGGGCCUCUUUUUCAAGCAAAAAUUUUAAUGAGAGAAAAAAUGUAUCAAAUGGACGGUAGUAGACCUGGGGAACUUUCAUGACCUAUAUGCCGUCGAAGACAUAGCCGCUAACUGCAUUUUAGCCCAAAGUAUUAAUAUCUGGGAAGCGUUAUAUGCAGUAGGCUGCGUAUAACCCUGAGAGUUAUACGCAGGCGACUGCGCAUAACCCUGAGGGUUAUUCCCAGCCGACUGCGUAUAACUCUAAGGGUUAUACGCAGUCGGCUGGGAAUUUAGCCAAAAAGGUCUAUUACCGCUAGUUUUACCAUUUAAAAAAAGUAUUAUGCAUAAUUAGCUGCAUUAUGGGUUGUUUUGAACUAUAACUUUUAAUGUGUUUAACGUAAAAUUUUAAUUGAAUUAAUUUUAAUUAAUAUUGAAUGAUAGUAAUAGUAUUAGUUCUAUUAUUAGUAUUAUUGCUUUUAUCUUAUAUAUUAUAAGUCAAAGUCUACAUUUCUUAGAGUCUAAGCCUAAGAAGAUGAUUUUUUAAAAGCAAUUUCCAUGGUCUAAGUCUAGUUCUGUAUUCCGAUUGAUUAGGUUUUUAUAUGUUGCUAUGACCAUCAAGUGGUUGGUCUUACUGACUAAUUCAGGAAAUACAUUCUAUUUAUUUUAUUUUUUUAAAUAUAUAAUUCAUGAUUUUUUAUAUUUUUUUUUGGUGACCUAAAUGUAACAGUUUUCAGCUUCCAUGUAAAACUAUAAUUGUGUGAAAGUAUUACUUACAUUGCCCCCUCUACAGAACCCCCUGUCCCUACAGCUAUUUUUGUUACUGCUACUCUCCUCCCCUGAUUAUAUUUAUUACUAUACCUGAGAAACAUAAUUUUAUCUGCCACAAAAUUAGUUAACAACACAAAAUAUACGUUAACAACACAAACAUAUAUUUGAUAAUUAUAAGAAUAACAUUAUUAACAUUACAUUGGUCUAGUUAAUAAUUCUUGUCAUGUUUUAACAUUUUUUAGCCAAAACAAAAUAAAACAAUAAGCCUAGUUAUUUUCGCUUCAUUCUCGACAACAAACUUAGCUACUAAUACGUAUUUAUGGCUAGCCUUUGGCUGGAGUUGAACUCAAGUCCACCAAAUUGAGGUUUGCUCAGUUUAUAUCAUUCGACCACCCAGUCACCCUUAGGACAAGGCACCUUUAUCGAUCGAUACUGUAACACAGGAAGAAUAUAGACCUCACGUGACUUGCCGACUGCGUAUAACUCUCAGGGUUAUACGCAGUCGGCUGCGCAUAACCACUUCGUUAAUAUAUUGCACUGGAUCUGGUACAGUAGCUUCUCAACUUACACUGUUAACGCUCCCUGUGAAGUUCUUAGUCCACAGAAGUUACAGCAUACUACAGUUCACUAGACUAAUAAAUCAGACAGACAUAAAUUUAUAAAUAUAAAACUAUAUAUAUUAUUGUAGGGAAUUGAAUUGACUAAUGUGUUCUUUAUGAAUCGAACUGCAAUCUCAACAUUUAUGUAAAUGAUAUCCUGAUUAGGAUAAUUUUUGCAUGCAAUUUUGUUUAGACUUAGAAUAAACAAGUCUUGCAGAUUUUUGUUACAUUUUAUCAUUGAAGCCUAAAUUAGUACCAACAAAUAUUUAAAUGGAGUUCAGUGCGAAAAACUGCAUAAAAUAUUUUGGCAUAUUUCAAGGUCACAUGUUUCUAAAACAUUUCAGUUAUGGGGUUCACUGGGUACCAAAAAUAUAUAUAUAAUGAUAGAACACCAUAAACUAUCAAUGGAAGCUGCCGUUAAAAUGGCGAGAGGAGCAAGAAACUUGAGAAGCAAUCUGAUUAGCUGUUACAAAGACCAGCCAGCCAAUCUCUAUUAUGUAAAUUAUUAGGCAGAUGGAUCAACCAUUUGUGUGAAUUUCGUCUCAGGGCAGAUAGAUCUGAACAGCCAUCUCAAUGAGGGUUAAUUCCUGAUUUUAUCACUGCUUUUAAAAUUGAGUGACUUAGUUUAUGCAAUGCUUAAGCUUUAGUACCUAUUCAAUUUGAAAGAGUAACUCCAAAUAUUUAACAUAGAUUAUACAUUCAAACAUGCUUAGCUGCAUCUCUCAGCGUUUUAUACUGCUUAAUGAGCUGUUCAAGUGUGUGAUUUUCUUUCUCAUUAUAUGCCUUUGGGUCUCUUUAACAUGCUGAUAUUUAAAGGGAAAUGCUUUUGAAAUAAGCUUGCUAUAAGUAUUUCUUCCUCAAAAAGGUAGAGACGUAAUGUUAAUAAUGCUUAAUAAUUUUGGCUUAUAAUCAUAAUAUAACUUUCGCCACAUGUUUGUGACAUAGUCAAAUUUUUACAUUUUCAGUUAUUAAAAGUUUUACAUGCUUAAUAAAAAGAAUACAUUCUUCCAACUAGAGUCUCUAAAACUAAAAUAAUAUUUUUGUUAAUAAUGAAAUUAAAACUUUAAUAAGUAAUUAAUGAAUUUUUCUUUCAACAUCAUUUGAACCAUCUCAACAUCCUAUUCAGUGUUAUCCUAUUACGGUCAAUUCCAUUUGUAUUCAUUUGUUUUUUGUUUUUAUUUGGCGAGUAGAACUGGGGCAUGACACAUAAAAAAAAAGAAAGAAAAAGCUUGGGAACGUUUGAUGUAAGUUUUUUAAAAUAGUUAAGAUGUAAAAUUCAAGAACAGGUGCAAUGGAAGCAACAGCAAUAUCUACAAAAAAGCAAGGUAUAGACCUUUUUAAAAAAAAAGCGCAAUUUGAUAGGCAUCACCAUUUUGAAGCCUCUCAUGGUCUUAGGCAUUUUCACCAAAUUUAAAAGAACCCUUAAAUUUUUACAAUAAACUAACCACAUGAAAGUUAGAAUUUUUGGUUUAAUGUAUGACUAUCAAUAUUGAAGCCUACUGGCUAUUUGUAGCUAAUUAUUAUUAUUUUAGCCAGGCUGAUUUUAUGGUUUGUCAGAUUAGCUGUAAACUAAAUUCUGGGAAGAAAUGAUUCUGGGGUAUAACAAUAUAUGAUACUUAAUGAACAAAGUUGUUGUGGUUAUUAACUCGUUAUAGUUAUUAAUAUUUCUCAUUGGAUAACACCCCCCACAUAGUGGAUUUAAACAAAUGUUCUUUACUCUGGGUAUUUCCUCAGGAAUGCAGACGAUUAUUUAUUUUCUGCAUUGGUUAUGAUGUGUAUUUGCCGUUUAACAAAAUGAAUAUUGACAUUAAAAUGUAUUUUUUCAGUCUCCUGCUAAUGUGAGUGGCCCUUCUAUCUUGCUGAAAUCACCACCUAGAUCAGGUCCAAAAGAUGAAGCUUAUGAAGAAAAAUUGGUAAUUGUCAACUUGAUUGUUUUAUAUGACAGUGUAAUGAACACAUAUUUAGUAUGUUGAAAUAUUUGUUAAUGGACAAGGUUUAUAUAUCUUAUUCUUGCAAAUACGAAUAUAAUGAAACCAUAUUCUCACUUCAUACUUAAUCAAUUCUUUUCCCCCUAUGACAUUGCUAUUUUAAAAAAAACAAUUUAUAAUUGACAUAUUAACAGGAAAAAGAUAGGAGCAACCGCUUCAACUUCUUGCUUAAGCAGACAGAGUUGUUUGCACAUUUCAUGCAGACAGGGGCUCAAGCUGGUGGAGGUGGGCCCACAAGUCCCCUUAAAAUGAAAGGGAGACCAAGGCUACAUAAAAAUGAUGAAAAAUCCAAGCUUGUAGCUGCUGGAGAGUACGUUCAAUGUUUAAAUAAUUUGUUAAGAAGAUCAUAUUGUUGAGGACAUUCUUUUGGCUUAAGCCAAAGUGUUGACAUAAUCAAGUAUUAUUUAUAAUAGAAUAAUCCGUAUUUCUGUUAUGGAUUUUAAAAAUGAUUAUUGAUUUUUGUGGUUACAGAACUGUAUUCAAAUAAAUUGCGUAAUGGGAACAAAAUUAAGGCAGAGACAUUUAAUGGGCACUUAAUGAGCCUCUAUCAGCGAUAAAAUGGGCUAUUGUAAAAUUUCAGUUUCUGGGCACUUAAUGAACCUCUAUCUGCCAUAAAAUGGGCAAUUGUAAAAUUCAGGUUUCCUUAUGUUUGUGAGUGACAUAAGUAAAAUUAUAAUUAUGCGGCAUCUGACUUGGUGUUAAUGAUCAAGCUCAAGAAUUUGUAAAUCAUAUAUAGAUAAUUGGACGUACUGUGUUCACUCGAUAUCAGACUCAUUAACUUGGAUACAAUUAUUUAUGCAAACAUCACCAGUUUUAACUGUUAAUUGGUAAAAAAAACUAAACGCUGGGUGCAUAAUAAUAAUUUUUAAAAAACAAUGACACAUUUUUAUGUAAGAAAGGCAUAAAAUGGUUUUAUAAAUUACUACCAAUACACAAAAACAUUUAAAAUUAAAAAAUUAAGUUUUGUAUUGUUAUUAUUAUUAGUGGUGGUUUUGUAUAGCGUGGUACCCCAGCCUAGGGCUGGGCUCACCACGCUGUGCAUACAAUUUAAUAAACAUGAACUUAAAAAUUUAACAUAGAUUAAUUAAAUAAAGCAAAACAAAUGUAUAUUCACUCCACACAUUCAAGAGUUUAAAGAGACGUGUUUUGAGUGCAGUUUUGAAGGCUGUGAUGGUCGGUAAAUUGCGAGUAUGUAGUGGAAGAGAAUUCCAUUGUUUGAGGGCACAGAAAGAGAAAGAUUGUUCACUGUAUGCUUUUGUGCGAGUCUUGGGGGCAGAAAGAAUGCGCAUCUGCAGAGGAACGAAGCUGUCGAAGGGGUGAAUAGACAGAGAGAAGUUUGGUUAGAUAGGAAGAGCAGGAAUUCGAGAAAAAGAUGUGGCCAGAGGACAGAGAGUUUUUAGUCAAUCUGUGCUUUUACGGGGAGCCAAUGAAGUAGUCGUGUGACGUGAUCACCUUUUAUUGCCUUUAGAAAGCAUAGAUUUGCUAACACAUGUCCAAUUCAACAUUUUCGCUCUUUGGUGAUUUUUUAAAAAAAAGUUCUAGUACCAAAUAUUUUUCUAUGAAGACCAGUGAUUGGGCCAAUUGGUUUAAAUUAUUUUCAAAAUCUUAUUUCUAAAACCCAUGAUAGGUGUGUCAAAAACAAUAUUAAAACAUGUUUCUAAUUUUGCUAUCAGUCAUAGACACAGACGGACUGAGGAGGAGGAAGAUGAGGAGCUGCUGACUGAAGCUAAGAAAUCUGGAAAUGUGCUAGUGAGAUUUGAAGCCAACCCAAAUUGUAAGUUACUUAAACAUUUGUUUUUAAUCUACACAGAUUGUAUAAAAAUUAAAUGUUAGCUUCAAAUUCCAGAUGUUAAUUUUGUAACUUUCUCAGAUAUGCAUUUAAAAUUACACGUUUUGAGUUAAAGUUUAAUGUUAAAUUAUUUUUUUUACAGUUAUUAAAGCUGGUGAAAUGAGGGACUACCAAAUUCGAGGUCUCAAUUGGAUGAUUUCCCUUUAUGAGAAUGGUAUCAAUGGUAUAUUGGCUGAUGAAAUGGUAAGUAAAUUUUGUUUUUUAAUGGUUUGAGAUUUAUUAUUAGUAUAGCACUACGCAGUGUUAGCUUUAAGUGUGUCAAUCUCAUUCAACCUUUAUCUUUCAGGGCUUAGGUAAAACUCUCCAGACUAUUUCCCUGCUGGGGUACAUGAAACACUACCGUAACAUUCCAUCCCCUCAUUUGGUUAUCUGCCCAAAAUCUACACUUGCUAACUGGGAGGCAGAAUGCAAGAGGUGGUGCCCAACUCUCAGAGCUGUCUGUCUCAUUGGUGAUGCUGAGAAAAGGGUAUGCUCAAUAAAUGACUUAUCUUCAAUAGUGCUUCAAUUGAUUUGACUUUUUCAGAGAAAUCCAUGUACAAUGCUUUGUAAAAUAAAUAACUUAUUUUGCUUUCAAACCACGUUCGUGCUAAAUGUUAAUUAAAGUUGAUAAUCAAUUUUAUUUUGUCAAUUUAGGCUGCCUUCAUCAGGGAUAUUUUAGUACCUGGAGAGUGGGAUGUGUGCAUAACGUCUUAUGAGAUGUGUAUCAGAGAAAAAUCUGUCAUGAAAAAGUUCAAUUGGCGCUAUAUCGUCAUUGAUGAGGCUCAUAGAAUCAAAAAUGAAAAAUCUAAAGUAAGUAUUCUCGGCGCUGAUUGACCUUUUGCAUUUAAAGUUUGUUUUUAUUUUGAAUUAUUUAACAUUCCUUUAUUUCUGAAAAUGUAAAAUGUUCAGCUAUAAAUUAAGAAUGGCUACUUAUUCUUUUGAUUAAAUGGUCAGUAAUACUUUUCUGUAUGUGUCCUAUAAGGUUUUUUUAUUAUAUCCUUUAUGAAUAACUUAAUUUGUGUUAUGUGCGCUUAAGAAAACUUUUGAGAGCAAAUUUUGAAGUGAUUUUGUUGCAGUUAUAUUUUUUGCUAAUAUAUUGAUUCCAUUCAAAUUCUUUAAAUGUGCAGCUGUCAGAAAUUGUGAGAGAAUUCAAAUCAACAAAUCGUUUGUUGCUGACUGGUACUCCUUUGCAAAAUAAUCUUCAUGAGUUGUGGGCCCUUCUUAAUUUCCUUCUUCCUGAUGUUUUCAAUAACUCUGAAGUAAGCAUUUAUUUUUACCUACAUGAAGUUCAUUUUAGUUAAAGUCUUGCAACAGUUAUAAAUUUUUUAUGGCUAAAUAUGGUUGCAGUAGGAUUUCUUUGAACAUAUAUGCAUAAUAAAAUGUUCACAUUGUCAUGAUUUAAAUUUGUUUGAUAAUAUCUUUAGGAUUUUGAUGCAUGGUUCAAUGCUAACAGCUGCUUUGGAGAUCAAGAGUUGGUUGAGAGAUUGCAUGCUGUAAGUUUAUUUUUCUCUUAAAUUUUAGACAUUAAAGAUUUUUAACAUAAAUCUUAAUAUGAACUCUUUUUAUUAAACAUAAAAGUGCUCAUAUUAAGGUUUUUUUUAAUUUACUUUAUUGUUUUAGCUUAAUGCAAUUUUAUGCACACAAGUCACUUACUUUAUUACAUGCUCUUUUAAUAUUAACACUUUGGGGGGUUUUUUUCCCUUAAAAGAAACAACCUAGAUGAGAUUAAAUAAAUGUCUCUAUAAUUUUGUGUAGCUCACUAUGAAAAACAUUUGUUUUUAAAAUAGGUUCUCCGUCCAUUUUUGCUGAGAAGAAUUAAAUCGGAUGUUGAAAAAAAACUGCUGCCCAAAAAGGAAACCAAGGUCUUCAUUGGUCUCAGCAAAAUGCAAAGAGAGUUGUAAGUUAUAUCUUUCUUUUAUUUUCCUUUUUUCUUCUUUAAACAAUAUGUGUUGGUAGUUCCCAGCAAGUCUUUGUUUCAUGAGUUAUUCAAGUCACUUGAUUUUAUUUUAAGGUAUACAAAGAUUCUGAUGAAAGACAUUGACGUUGUUAAUGGUGCUGGUAGAUCAGAUAAAAUGAGGCUGCUCAACAUUCUUAUGCAGCUCAGGAAAUGUUGUAACCAUCCUUAUCUCUUUGAUGGCAUGGAACCAGGUAUAAGCUCUUAAAUGUGUGACAAUGGGAUACUUAAUUUAUGAUUAAUUGGUAAGAGAUGAGUCUAUAAAGUAAACUAUGGCCAGAUAAGCUACUCUCAUCCAGUUGAAUAAGUUAGGGGCUAAAUAUCCAAAGGGGUAAUCAUUAAGGUGUUACAAGUUGAAAUAAGGUAUACUUUUCUGUUUUGUAGCGUGACCAUAUUGUAAGUUUCAUGAUGUCCCUAUGUAGUUAAAUGCUCCAAAUAUAUAUUUUUUUUUAUCAAUUUUACAUAUUAUAAUCUAUUUAAUACAUUGCUGUAUACAUUGCUGUGAUGAUCUAACUUUUUUUUUUUUUUUUUAAUUAGGUCCACCAUACACCACAGACCAGCAUCUUGUGGACAACUGUGGCAAAAUGGUCAUUUUGGAUAAGCUAUUACCCAGACUAAAAGAAAACGGUAAUGUGUUAAUUUUCUAUUAAUGUGAUGUCAUUAUUAAACCCUGCACUUAAGACAAUCCUUUGAAGUAAAAAAAAUUAAUUAGUUACAAAUCUGUCUUAUAUUGAAAAAUCUCAAAUUCCUCUUAAACAUUUGUUUUAUUACUUUCCAGACUCGAGGGUGCUUAUAUUCAGUCAGAUGACAAGGAUGUUAGAUAUUUUAGAGGAUUUCUGUUUCUGGAAGGGAUAUGAAUACUGUAGAUUAGAUGGACAAACUCCACAUGAGGAAAGACAGGUAAAUUGUAUUCUUUAUUACAAUUAUUCUUACCUUAGUAUUACAUUUCAUUUAUCUUGAAUUACCUUGGCCUAGUAAUUAUUUCAAUAGGCUACAUAUAAGUUACAUUUGUAAAUGCUUUCAUUUGAAGUUUUUAUAUGGUGGUGAAGUAAAUAAAAUUUCUCUACUAAUUUGAUUUCCUUAUUGUUAUUUAGUAGUUGAAGCUGUAACUUGGCACUUGCGAUAUGCUCUUUGUGUUGUGUAAUAAGUUUGCUGUAAGGAUUUUGUGUUUUAAACUGUAUACAUGUUGUUUUUUUUCAGAAAUCAAUUCUUGACUUCAAUCACCCCAAUAGCACUAAGUUUGUCUUCAUGCUAAGUACCCGUGCUGGUGGUCUGGGUAUAAACCUUGCCACAGCUGAUAUUGUUGUUCUCUUUGACUCUGACUGGAAUCCUCAAGUUGAUCUUCAAGCCAUGGUGAGUUUUUUAAAAUCUCUUCUUUUUUCAUCUAGAAAUAAAUUUUCUUGCAUUCAUAAGACUAUGUUAUUAAGAGCAGGUGGUUACAUAAUUUGUAUAAUUUCCUAUAUCUUGUAUACCAUUUUGGUGUUCGUUUAAAAGUUUUCAUAAGUUUUCAAACUUCUUUACAUCAAAUUUAGGACCGGGCCCAUCGAAUCGGUCAAAAGAAGCAAGUUAGAGUGUUCAGAUUUAUCACAGAAAACACAGUGGAAGAACGCAUUGUUGAGCGGGCUGAAAUGAAACUUCGACUUGAUAAUGUGGUUAUUCAACAAGGUAAUGGCGCGAUGGGCCAAAGUAUUUAAAAAAGUUAAUCAGAUAUUUGCUAAUCCUCUUAACAAGUCUGCUGGGAAUCCACAAUGGGGGGCCUUGGGCUUUUUCUCAAAAGUUUUUUUUUUUUUUUACUAGAGUGAUUUUAAAUUAUCCUUUUUAAGAAUGAAUCUUCUGAGUACAGCAUUGAAUUUAUAUUUAUUAAAAUAGGUACAUGUAAAAGUAAUGCAUUAUAUAUUAUGUUUGUAGGUCGUCUGGUGGAUCAAAACACUAACAAGCUGGGCAAAGAUGAAGUACUUAACAUGAUUCGACAUGGUGCCAGUCAUGUGUUUGCAUCCAAAGAGAGUGAGAUUACAGAGGAGGACAUUGAUGCUAUCCUGGCAAGAGGAGAGAAAAAGGUUAGUUGUUAACCAAGUUUUUUGCAAAUCCCUGCUUCAAUUUUGAAAUUAUUAUAUCUUAUUUAAAUAUUCAAAUGUAUAAGAGAUUCAAUUAAUUAACAUUUAAAUAUUCUCAGACUGAAGAAUUAAAGGAGAAGAUGGAUCAACUUGGAGAGAGCAGCCUUCGUACAUUCACAAUGGAUGCUCCCGACAGUGUUUAUCAGUUUGAGGGUGAGGAUUAUAGGGAGAAACACAAGCUGGGCACCAUUGGAGCAUGGAUUGAGCCACCCAAGAGAGAGCGUAAAGCUAACUAUGCUGUUGAUGCUUACUUCAGGGAGGCGCUGCGUGUUAGUGAGCCUAAAGCACCCAAGGUACGCUUCAGUAUCUUCCGUUUCCAAUGCUAUUCUUUUAAUGGGUAUAUUACUGUUACUUUUGGAAUAUUAAAGUCCUCUCUUAAAAUUUUAUUAAUUGUAUUUCAGGCUCCUAGACCACCAAAGCAACCAAGCAUCCAAGAUUUUCAAUUUUUUCCUCCCAGGCUAUUUGAACUUUUAGACAAAGAGAUCUAUUAUUUUAGAAAGACCAUUGGCUAUAAGGUAGCUUUGAUUUUUGUAUAGUUUGUAUAUGUUAUUGAUUAAAAAAAAAAAAAAUCUCCUUUUCUUUGACUUUGUUAUCGAAUUAUUUUUUAAGUCAAGGAGAAAAAUUGUCCUGGUUUUAAGGGAUGUACAUUCCAUUUAAUAAUUAUAUGAUCUGAUGUAUGUGUCAAUUGAUGUUUAUACCACGGUAAGCCCAAAUUUAGUUGUUUGGUUUUAUUUUGUUAUUAUCAACUAAAUUCAUAUAAAUGCUAUCUUUUUUUAUUUUGUAUGUCAAUUAUAAAAUUGAAGCUUUUGUGGUAGAAAGCUUAAAUAUUCUUGUCCUAAACUGUUUUCUCUCUGCAGGUUCCAAAGAAUCCUGAGUUUGGAGCUGAUGCUGAUAGGAUCCGCAAAGAAGAACAGGGGAAAAUUGAUCAGUCUUCACCGUUAGAUGAAGAUGAGCUUGCUGAAAAGGAGUCAUUGCUCAAAGAGGUAAAUGUAAAUACCGUUCACAAUUAUUGCUUCAAUAAUAAUAUUGAAUCAUUGCAGUAAGUUUUUAUUUAUUUAGUAGAGAGAUCAGUUCAAUUAUAUAACAUUUCAUGUGGUCAGUAUUAACUUGAAUUAUUUCACAAGUUUUAUUUUAUAAUUUCAGAGUUGUCUUUUGGUUGUUGUUUUGUUGUUUUUUUCGUUGUAUUUUAACAAAUAGAUGUAAAUGCAAUGAAAAUCAGUCAAGAAUUUUGUGGGAUUUUCUCUGUAAAAAGAUCAGUGUCUAAAUUUCUUUUAAAAAAGUGUUCAUAAUUUGCAAUAAAAAUAUAAAGCUGUUCCACUGUUGAACCUGUAAUUAGUCAAUUUCUGUAGGUUUCUUUUAAAUAUUUCAAUACUUAAUUGAUUUCUUUUGAAACUGUUUGAAUGGUUUACAACAGCAUAUUUGUGUGUUUCUUUUAAGUUUAAAAAUGUGCCGUAAGAUUUUGAUGGUGGGAGUGUAAUAUGAUUCAACUAGUAGAACCUUAAACAGUAAUUCAUUUUGGAGCUGGCUUGUCGCCCUGUUCACCGAAGACCAGACUUGAAUGUUCAGUUGAUUUUAAACCUGUCUAAUAUUCCUACAUCGGCACUCUUUGUAGUAACUUGAGUUUUAUGACUAUGCAGCAAACUCUGUUUUCCUCCAGGGUUUCACCAACUGGAGUAAGAGAGAUUUCCAGCAGUUCAUAAAAGCUAAUGAAAAGUUUGGAAGGGAUGACAUUGAAAGUAUAGCCAGAGAAGUUGAAGGAAAGACACCUGAGGAGGUAAACAAAUGUCACUGUCCCCAUGUGUCAAGUGUGUUGAUUCAUGUCAAUCUUGUGAAGUAAUUGCCAAGAAAAUACAUUUGUAAAAAAAAAAUUAUAAAUAUAUUUAAAAGUGUUUGUUGUAUUAUUUCUAAUUUGAUGGAAACAUUACUUUUAUUUGUUAAACAGAUAUUGGAUAUUGCCUACACUUUUGUUUCAAGAUUUUAGGCAGUUCUCUUAAGUUAAGUCUGAUUUGAAAAUAUUUUUGACUCUGUUAUUUUACAUAGGUCAAUCAAUACAGUAGUGUAUUUUGGGAACGAUGCAAUGAGCUUCAGGACAUAGAACGUAUUAUGGCACAGAUUGAGAGAGGUGAAGCAAGAAUUCAGCGAAGAAUAAGUAUCAAGAAAGCCCUUGAUGCAAAGGUUAGUUAGCUUUUUAUUCUCAAAUCAAGACUUUAAAGGUUUUUCAAUAAUUUCUUAACAUCUGUAUAAUAAUUAAAUUUCUCCUUUGAAAUAAAAUUGUACCAUUAAAACGUUGUGGUCAUACACUGUUAAGCUUCGCAGCCAUUAACCCAUUAGUAUUAUUCCCCACCCGCCAGAUGUCAAGAUACAGGGCACCAUUCCAUCAACUGAGAAUCCAGUACGGUACAAACAAAGGCAAGAACUACACAGAGGAGGAGGACAGGUUCCUCGUGUGCAUGCUCCACAAGCUGGGCUUUGACAAGGAGAAUGUUUAUGAUGAGCUGAGGCAAGCCGUACGUCAGGCUCCACAGUUCAGAUUUGACUGGUUCAUCAAAUCCAGAACUGCCAUGGUGGGUUAUCAUUUUGUGUUAUCUUUUACUGUCAUGAACAUGGAGAUGAACGCAGCGUGGGAUGCAACAUUUAAAUUUUCCUGAUACUAUUAAAAUUAAACGAUUAUAAUCUUUUGAUUGUAAUCUUUUGUGACCUUGAAACCUUCAAUUUGAAUGUUCUGACAGAAGACUAGUGCUUAGCAUCCUUUUUUUUUUGUUUUUUACACCUGGCACACCUAGAUCAUUCUCAUAUUUCCGUGGCACACGUAGAUCAUUCUCAUAUUUCCGUGGCACACCUAGACCAUUCUCAUAUUUCCGUGGCACACCUAGACCAUUCUCAUAUUUCCGUGGCACACCUAGACCAUUCUCAUAUUUCCGUGGCACACCUAGACCAUUCUCAUAUUUCCGUGGCACACCUAGACCAUUCUCAUAUUUCCGUGGCACACCUAGACCAUUCUCAUAUUUCCGUGGCACACCUAGACCAUUCUCAUAUUUCCGUUGCACACCUAGACCAUUCUCAUAUUUCUGUGGCACACCUGGACCAUUCUCAUAUUUCUGUGGCACACCUAGACAAUGCCCAUAUUUCUGUGGCGCACACCUAGACCAUCCCCAUAUUUCUAUAGCACAUCACAAGCAAAACGUGAGAAGAAAAAAACUUUUUGGCUGUUUUCUCAAACCAUCGUGUUACCUUUUUUUAAAAUAUUUCUUAUUGGCGUGAAAUUAACAUGAGCGAGUUGAUAUUUUAUACCAAGUUAUUUAACAUAAAAUAGGUUUUUCUCAACUGUUUAAAGGCGAAUAUCAAUAGAGCAAACGUAUGAGGAAAAUUUUGAAAUUGCAUACACAAAUUAAAAGGUUUUAUUUUUAAAUAUACCUAGACCAUCAAUGUCUUACAAGAAUGACAGCAUAUGUUCACAUAUAUGAGAGGUUGAAAAUGUAGAACUGCACCAGCCUCAUUGGAAAUUCUAGAAUAUUCUUCCUUGACUAAAGCCACCAAUUCUGUGAGCUUGUGAAAUUUGAUUGUCCUGUCAUUUCCCCAAUUCCGGAAAUUUCCCUUGAGCCUGGAAUUAGAGUUCUUCUUGAGUAAUUUGUAUGUUUUAAGCAAAAGGAUUUAGGAUCCAGUCGUAAAGCUCUGUAUUUACUGUAUAAAAGUAUAUGGUUAAAAGUAUGUGUCGAAUGGUUUCUGUAGCAAUGUUAGAUUAUGUUUCACCAAGUCAAAUUUUUCAAUAAGUGUUUCCAAAAUAUCCUUUGAUAUAUUGUCCAUUUAUCAUUUAACAGUAUCAGCAGAUAGAGAAACUUAUUCUACAUCCUAAGCAUUAUUAGGCCCCAGCAUUAUUCAAAUGACUUCCAUGCUCCAUACUUGUUUAAUAAGUGUUUCACCAAUGACAUGUUUGAACGUGAUUUUAAUCUUGAAACUUGAUAACCAGCUUCUAACGCAUAACCAGCUUGUGCAAUAGAACAUGUCAGAAGUGCCAUUGCAGCACAGCUAUUUCCUGUGCAACCGACCAUGUCAGAAGUGCCAUUGCGGCACACCUAUUGUUUCCUGUGCAACUGACCUUAGAAGUGGCCAUUGCGGCACAUCUAUUGUUUUCUGUCCCAAGUGAAUUGAACAGGUUUUCAAAGUUACUGCCUUUCCUUUUCAGGAGCUCCAGAGAAGAUGCAACACACUGAUCACAUUGAUAGAGAGGGAGAACAUGGAGCUAGAGGAGAAGGAGAAGGCAGAGAGAAAGAAGAAGGGUGGAAAGGGCACACCUAAAGGCGUCAAGAGGAAAAAUGAAUCCACUCCAACAAAGUCCAGUGGCAAGAAGAAAAAGGCAUAAAGUGAAACCAUUUAGGGGAGGGGGGAUCAUUUGAGUAGAGGUAGAUGUGUUAUAGAUUUUUGUAAUGUUUCAAUAAUGAAUUUGACCUUAAUCAUCUGUAAGGAAUCUCAUGUAUUUUCAAAAGCAAUUAAGUAAUGUAGUAAGAGUGGAAAGGUGUAAUAGAAGCUGGUUUUAAAAAAAAUAGAGCCUGUACUAUAGAAGAAUCUACAUCUUUUAAUUAUAUCACCCUUGCUUUAUUGAAGGGGAAAAAACAUUGUAUUUCAUUUAUUUUUUUUUUGAAUGAUCAAUAGUAUACGUUUAUGAAAACAUUUUCUGUAGAUUCACAUUGGUGAAACAGGCCAUUCUCAUUCAGUUGCUCAAAAAUAUAAUAUGUCAACGUAGUGAUGACAUGGCCAACUUAUACAAAGUGGUUCCUGACUUAACCACAAAUCUAUUUGAAUGCUACUGACACCUUAUGAAGGGCCAACCCUAAAUCUAUUUGAAUGCUACUGACACCUUAUGAAGGACCGUAUCUACACCAUCCAUUCUUAUUCAUUGUAAUUGAAACAUGUAAGACAACGUGAUUUUAGUUCUACUAGUUUUUCAUUGUAGACAUCUACAAAUCAGUGUUUUUACAUUAUAAAGGCACUCAAGUUUUAUAUAAAACUUCAUGUGUUGUUGUUUUGUUUUUUUUUUUUGUAUUUUACAAGUCCAUAAUUUUAGGAAAUGUCACCUUUGAUUUUAGUCUUGUCUGAUUAUUCAUAAUUUAACCAUGCUUCAUCAUUUAUCUUGGGCCAUUGUGUACAGUUGAUUAAUAUUACUGUUGGUUUUUUUAUUAAUAAAUCCACAAAGUGGUGUUUUUGUAUCAAUUGGUUGCUUUUAAUUGUGAAUAUAUCUGGUGGGCAUUGUUAGUUUGUCUAACCAUAGUUACAGAACUGGAUGUCUGUCAUUAAACUUGAGAGUAACGCAAGCUCUGGCUUAAGUUUGAUUAUGAAAAUAUCCCAUAAAUUAGAUACUUUGCAGAUACCCGUGGUCAGUUCCAAGAAACAGUUAAAACAUCUUAAGGAUUAGUUUGGGCUAAUUUUAAAAAAAAAAAAUUUUUUAAUCUCAUUACAUCUGGUUUUUUUGGGGGGUUUUUUUUAUCUUAAGACAUGCAGAGUUUAGUUCAUUGUCAAACCAAGGCUUGAUGCCUUAACUAACUUAUUGCUUCUGACAUCUCUCUCUCUCUCUCUCUCUCCAUUGCCUCCUUUGCAUCACCAUCAUCUUGGAAUGGGAGG